UCCAUCUUCCUUCUUCUCAACAUUCCUCUCUCUGUCUCCAAGAUGCGAUACUAACCGGCGCUGGUCGUAGCUGCUGCUAAAUUGAUGCGAUUGUUCUUAUUUAGUCAAUCCCUGUACAAAAGAUUUCGUUUUUUAGCUUAAUAUUCAAGCUUAUCUCAUUUCAUACAAAUGAAAGAUUGAAACGUUAUAUACCUUUUUCAGUUAAUGGACCAAUCUUUGUUAACUUCAGCUGAAAAUUCUUGAUCUUUUCUUGUUCAUAUAACUGUUUGUGUGUGUGUAUAUAUAUAUAUAUGAAUGUUGGGUAUACACAAUGAUAACUGAAAGUUAUUCUAAGAUGAGGUCGGACAGUGGUGUCCGAUCGCCAUUUCAAACUGAUUAUGGGUAUGGGGACGAGUUGGGUUUGUUGUUACAGGGAAGACAAGGUGAGAUUAGUGAUAGAGAAAGAGAUAUGAAUCUGUAUCGGAGUGGUUCAGCACCGCCAACUGUGGAAGGUUCUUUGACUGCUGUCGGAGGACUGUUUGGUCAUGGCGGCGCUGUUGAUUUUGGUGGUUUGUCUGAGGAGGAAAUGAGGUCUGAUCCUUCUUAUAUUGCGUAUUACUACUCGAACGUGAAUCUAAACCCUAGGCUUCCUCCUCCGUUGUUGUCGAAGGAGGAUUGGAGGUUUGCACAACGACUGCAGGGGAGUAAUGGAGGAAGCUCGGGUCUUGGGGGGAUUGGUGAUAGGAGGAAGGUGAAUAGAGAGGGUGAGGAUGUGGGUAAUGAUAGGUCUCUUUUCUCUCUUCAACCUGAGUUUAAUGGAAGUAAAGAGGAGAGUGCUGCUGAAUGGGGUGGUAAUGGACUCAUUGGACUGCCUAGUUUGGGACUUGGGAGUCGUCAGAAAAGCAUAGCUGAGAUCUUUCAGGACGAUCUUAUCCACUCAUCAUCUGUUUCCAGAAAUCCCUCUCGUUCUGCCAGCCGUAAUGCGUUGAAUGACAUUGCUGAAUCGUCUGAAUCCCAUUUUGCCAAACUGCAUCAUGAACUGGCAUCAAUAGAGGCCUCGGGCUCUUCUGGCAGGCCAAUGGUUCAGAAUACUGUUGGUGGAUCUGUGGCUCAUACCUAUGCUUCUGCAUUAAGCAAUUCCUUGUCAAGAAGCGCAUCUCCUGACCCUCAUUUUGUAGCCAGGGCUUCAAGCCAACAUAUUACACCUGUAGGAAGAAUUAGUUCUACGGAUAAAAGAAAUCUUCAUAGUCCAAACUCAUUUAAGGGCAUGACACAUUCUAUGGAGGAAUCAGCUCACCUUGUGACCGCUAUGUCUGGAUUGACUGUAACAGGUAAUGGAGUGCCGGAUAAAGCAAACCAUAUCCAGUCUUUGAUUCGAGAGGAGACUAAUGAUCAUCAGAACCUUCAUUACAUGAAAGUGGAUCAGAACCAUGCCAAACAAUAUCUACAUUCAGAAACCUUGGAAUCUCCACAAUUUCAUCCAAAUGCUAGUUUGCAGUCUACAAAAUCGUUGUAUUCAAAUUCUGGUAAAAUAGAUUCAACUAGAAUGGAUAUGCAUGGGCAAUUUGAACUUCACAGUCCUUCUGUUUCCUCUGGAAACACCUAUCUGCAAGGUUCCUCUAACUGGGCCCACAACAAUGCAGUAAAUUCCCCUAACGCUCAUCAGAAUAAGGAUGGCCUGAAUCCGUCAUUGUCAAACUAUAGUUUGAAUGGGUAUAUUCUAAAUCCUGCAUCACCUUCUCUUAUUGGAAACCAAGGCAGUAGUCUGCCUCCUUUAUUUGAAAGUGCUGCUGUGGCCUCAGCCAUGGGUCUCUCUGGCAUGGGUUCUAGAUCUUUUGGCAGUAAUCUAGCCUUAGAUCCCAAUUUUCUCUCUGCAGCCUCAGAAGUACAAAAUCGUAGUAGAGUUGGGAGUCAAAAUGCUACUUAUCCAAUGCCCCAUGUAGAUCCCAUGUAUCUUCAAUAUAUGAUGAAUGAUCCGACGAUGGAUACCAAUGCAUAUAAUACAGACUUGAUGGGUAUUCAGAGAGCUUAUUAUAACUCAUUGCUUUCACCUCCAAAGUCUCAAUAUAAUCCAACAUAUAUUAAUUCUGGCAACCAUAAUUACUAUGGAAGCCCAACAUUCAGCCUUGGUAUGCCAAAUCUAGGAAGUCCAUUGGCUGGCCCCCUUCUCCCAAACUCGUCUAUUGGAUCAGGGAAUGCAGUCAAGUAUGGUGAAAGGAGCUUGCGCUUUCCUUCUGGAGCAAGGAACCUUGCUGGAGGUGCCUUGGGAACCUGGCGCUCAGAUGGGUGUGGUAAUUUGGAUGAGCUCUAUGCUUCAUCAUUACUAGACGACUUUAAGAGCAACAAAACUAAAUGCUUUGAGCUUUCAGAAAUUGCUGGUCAUGUUGUUGAAUUUAGUGUGGAUCAGUAUGGUAGUCGGUUUAUUCAGCAGAAGCUUGAAACUGCCACAUUGGAUGAGAAAAACAUGGUUUUCCACGAAAUUAUGCCUCAAUCUCUUUCACUAAUGACAGAUGUGUUUGGAAAUUACGUUAUUCAAAAGUUUUUUGAACAUGGAACACCAUCUCAAAUAAGAGAACUUGCUGACGAGCUUACUGGGCAUGUUUUAACUCUGAGCCUUCAAAUGUAUGGCUGCCGUGUUAUUCAGAAGGCUAUAGAAGUUGUUGAUUUGGAUCAGCAAACUAAAUUGGUUAAUGAGCUUGAUGGCCAUGUCAUGCGAUGUGUUCGUGAUCAGAAUGGAAACCAUGUUGUCCAGAAGUGUAUUGAAUGCAUACCUCAGGAAGCUAUUCAUUUUAUUAUAUCUGUAUUUUAUGAUCAAGUUGUUACGUUGUCCAUGCAUCCUUAUGGUUGUCGUGUGAUACAGAGAGUUUUGGAGCACUGUACAGAUUUUAAAACCCAACGGAUAAUGAUGGAGGAGGUCUUGAAAUCUGUUUGCAUGUUGGCACAAGAUCAGUAUGGGAAUUAUGUGGUUCAGCAUGUAAUGGAACACGGAAAGCCUGAGGAGCGAACUGCAAUAAUUAACAAACUAACUGGGCAAAUAGUUCAAAUGAGUCAGCAAAAAUUUGCCUCCAAUGUUGUGGAAAAGUGCUUGACUUUUGGAACCCCGGAAGAGCGUCAGCUCCUUGUGGAUGAAAUGCUUGGAUCUACGGAUGAAAGUGAACCUCUACAGGUAAUGAUGAAGGAUCAGUUUGCAAACUAUGUUGUACAGAAAGUGUUGGAAACUUGUGAUGAUGAACAACUUGGACUGAUCCUUAAUAAAAUAAAGAUGCAUCUAACUGCUCUAAAGAAAUAUACUUAUGGAAAACACAUAGUUGCUCGUGUAGAAAAACUUGUCGCAGCUGGAGAAAAAAGGAUCAGUGUUCUAUCUUCUUCGUCUUCUUCAUACCCUGGAUAGAAGUGAGUCAGUGUAGGGAGAAAAGAAGUGUAUUGUACAGCUAACGGAGGCUGCUGGGUGAUGCUAGUUAUGUGAAUGGUGGGUCUGAAAAUAAAGUUGAAAAAAGUGUUUGGUUGGUUGAUGUAGGUAAAAGUUUAUUUAUAGAUUUGCUUAAUAUUAGUUGUGGUAUAAUUAGAAAACUUGCAGGCUGGUGAAGGGACACGAGUGUUUUAUUGUCUGUCUAUCUUGUCUGUUUAGAUCACAUGUUUGUUUAGUGGAUCAUGUUCAUUUCUUUCAGUCAAGACUGUAUAGUAGAACAUCAACAUCAACAACAACAAGUUAUGUAAGGAGGUGGAGAAGAAGAUAUGAGCUUUUUCUGUUGUAUGGAUAAUUUUUGGUUUAUUUAAAUGACUUUUACUUAAUCUAA